AUGGCGGACUACAAGGAUAGUGCACGCCGGAAUAAUCUGAGGCUGCGGGGGGUUGCGGAAUCUGUCCUCCAAGAUGACCUACCGCUUUUCGUGAAGGGCCUUCUCCAUGCUUACGGGCCAGAUAUCCCGACAGACAUGCUCCUGGUAGACAGAGCACACAGGGUACCGAAACCCAAGUACUUACCUGACUCCACAGCCCGCGAUGUCCUCAUCAGGGUACACUUUUACCACAUUAAAGAAAUAAUUCUCAAAGCAUACCGCAGCAAACCACAGCCACAUGAAGAAUACCCCAUGGUGCACAUUAUGGCGGACCUUUCCGCGGCAACCCUCAGAAAAAAGGAGAGAAUUUUAACAAAUCACAGCGGAAUUAAGAAACCGAGGGCUCAGAUACAGAUGGGGAUUUCCCACCAAGAAUGGAGAUACAAGAAUCAUAUCCAACCCAGAGGAGGGAGUGAAGACACUAACGGAAUGGGGCCCCCUCAAUUCCCACCUAAGGACACUCACUGCUCACCCAAACAAAGCCGCAGACCACAGGCAGACUAA